CAUACAUGUUCAGUACUGAGUGGUAAUGAAUACGGAAAAGGAUAUGUAAAAAGGACAGCUUUGUAUGUUCAGAGUAAAAUCAAGACGCAAAAAUGGCCGGCGAGGAGCAGAUAGCCCAGUCUGCUGUCAUGCAAGGGCAACAACAGUCGGGGGAGCAGGAGUUGGCGACGAAGAUGCUACAGAUCCAGAGCAAACGGUUCUACAUAGAUGUGAAACAAAACAGACGCGGCAGGUUUAUGAAAGUAGCAGAGAUUGGUGCUGAUGGCAGAAGAAAUCAAGUAUUUCUUGCACUUUCCACAGCAGCAGAAUUUAGGGAUCAUCUGUCACAUUUUAGUGAUUUUUAUGCUAAUCUUGGUCCGCCUAAUCCCGACACGUUACCAGAAGAUGGAAAACUCAAAUCUGAGACUAUGGUGAAAGACAACAGAAGGUACUACCUUGACCUAAAAGAAAACUCAAGAGGGCGCUUCCUUAGGGUAUCACAAACAAUAGCACGGGGUGGGCCCCGGUGUCAGAUUGCUAUCCCUGCCCAGGGUAUGAUAGAAUUUCGUGAUGCGCUUCAGGAACUUCUCGAUGAAUUCGGUACAGAUGAUGGUGGCUACAAAGGAGAGUUACCAGAGGGCCGACAUAUGCGAGUAGAGAACAAGAAUUUCUAUUUUGAUAUAGGCCAGAAUAACAGGGGAAUAUAUAUGCGUAUAUCUGAG